AUGACCUUUCCCUCACCGCCGGCGGGGUGGACAAUGCUGCAUGUAGAUGGCAGCUUCAACCGUCGCUCAGCCCAUAUGAGCUGUGGUGGGCUUCUUCAAAAUCAUGAAGGUGUUUGGAUAGUGGGAUUUGCUAGCUUUGAGGGAAUUGGUGAGGCCUUUCUUGCUGAAUUAAUCGCAGUAAUCAGAGGCUUGAGGUUGGCUUGGCAGCAGGGAAUCCGUAAGCUCUUGUGCUAUUCUGAUUGUAUGGAGGUGGUGGAUGCUCUCUCGGAGAAUAGGUCUCAUAAUCUCUACUCUUAUGCUGCUUUUUUGUCUGAAGCAAAGAAUUUGCUGCAUCAAGAUUGGGAAGUGACCCUCCUUCACAAGCCUAGAGAACUUAAUUUGCCUGCUGAUGCUCUAGCAAAGAUAGGAAUGGGUCUUAGGAUAGAGUUCUCUAUGUGGCGUACUCCACCACCUGAAGUUGUUAAUCUGGUGGGGUGUGGGUAG